AGAACAAAUUUUCGGUGCAUUUUGUCUCUAUUUUGACUGUCUUCUUUUCAAUCAAAUCAAAUUGCUCAUCAUCGUACCCAUGAAUUGCUCUUGUUCUUCUUCAACUAUGAUCCUCUUCGAUUCACGCCCAUGUUUCAAAUUCAAAAAACCAUUUCUCAUCAAUCCUUCACCCUCCUUCGGAAUUCAAAUCAAACCCAGCUUCAAAUUCAAUAAAGAUCAUUAUAGACAAAGCUACUGCAAGGCAGUGUUCGUCGAUGAUGCUCCGUUCGCCGCCGCAAUCGGUGCUUGCAUGCUCACUUCUUUGAUUCUUCCGGUACCUGUUGCCACCGAAGAGGAAGAAGAAUCUUCUUUAACUUCAACGGAUACAAGGUUGGCUGUUAUGGGGAUCAUGAGUUUCAUUCCUUAUUUUAAUUGGCUUAGUUGGGUUUUUGCGUGGCUUGAUACUGGUAAUCGUCGUUAUGCUGUUUACUCACUUGUUUAUUUAGCUCCUUAUCUCAGGUCAAAUCUAUCAAUUUCGCCCGAGGAUAGCUGGCUGCCAAUUGCUAGUAUUCUCUUCUGUAUUGUUCACAUUCAGCUAGAAGCAAGCAUCAGAAAUGGAGAUGUUCAGGGGUUUCAGCUAUUUCGGAACGUUAUGGAUCAGCAAUCAUCAAGUUCGAAGAAGAAAGGACGUCUGAAUCGGCAUCAAGAAAUGUCUAAGGGAAGCAAGAAUGAAAAGAAAAACCUAUUAUCUGCUGAAGAACCAUCAAGAGACAUUGGGGGUUGGGAAGAUUCUCAAAGGCCUGUAGAAUACCAGCAACGCUUGCAUGACACCAUAGAUGGUGAUAGCGAAGAUAAGAGUAAGCACUAAAAUAGGAGAUACGUGCAUUUUCCCAUCUUCAACAUCAGCUGAACUUGAAGGUUCACACAAGUUUCAUGCCUCAUGUUGGUACUGUAUGUAAAGCUGUAUGACUAGUUUUUAAUAAAGUAUAGCUCACUAUCUGAAUGCUGUUGUUAUGAUCUUAGGUUCUUUUCACUGUUGGUGUUCAGCUCAUGCUUUAUUUACUAGACUAUAUUAAAGGUGCCAUUUCCAUUUGCCUUA